UUUCAGAGGUGCGGCCAGUUUACUGACAAGGGCUCAAAUGUAUAACAUUGGAAUUCCUGGGGGGUUUUUGUGCCCAAAAGUUACCAGUUGGCACAGGGUGUUCUGAACAUCAUGGUGAAAUUAAACAAUAGGACAAAUCCACAGUGAAGGCUCAAACAAACCCUUCAUUAGACAGGAGCAAGCAAAGCGAUGUUUUUGGAAUGCAUUUCCUUUAACUUCAUUGUAUUAGUCUGAGGUCAUUAUCUUUAGUAAAAUUAAUUUUUUUAUUUUGCUAAAUUAGGCUCUGAAUGAAGUUGUCUUCCAUGGGUGCAGGAGCAAAUGUGUAAAUCUCAGAUGAGCCCACCAAAGUGUGAGGAAGGGCCAAUAUGUGCUUCAGUGUCACAGACCAAGCUGUUUAAAGUUGCUUUCAAUGAAAAGAACAAAGGUUUUGUUGGUUCAGAGAGGGCAGUCUGUACCUCUGCAACCCCUGAGGCCCCCUGGCAAGGAGCAUGCAUGGAGGAACAUCCCAACACCUCUUCAGCUUUUGGUGUUUCUCACUCAUGGCUUUCUUCCACCACAACUGUUCCUGAGGAACAGUGCCAAGACAGUGCUUCAAGGACAACUGUCUCCUCCAAACUCAUCAUUUUUGGGGAGACUCAGGUACAUAUAAAUAGAUAAGCUCAUGCUGCACAAGAAUGUAAUGAAGAUACUAGUAAAAGCAGAAAGCAUCAUCUCUGUGUGCAACUGGGAACUGAACUUUGUAUCUCAAAGUAUUCCUGUAUCUCCAAGUUAAGGCUUCAAGGAAGUGCAAUUGAGAUGUCUUCUACAGCACAGUUUUUAAGUGGAGUUUUCAAGUAAUCUCAAAAUAAAUGGAUUCAGUGAAAUACCCAAUGGCUCUCCUCUCUUCCUCAUGUCCUAGAAGGUAUAUGGCUUUCUGGUUUUUCUGUCUCAUUAUUAUCAAUUGUUUGGCUCUCAUGGAUUUCCUUCAGGGUCAUUGCAUUACAAAUGGUUCAGAGCACUCAUGCAAAGCGAUGCAGAAGAGGAUUGUGUGUGUGUACACAUAUAUAUGUAUAUAUUUAUAUCUUUAGCACCACCUUGGACUCUAAUCCAGCUGAGGACUUUUGUGACCCAAACCCAACAUUUCUAUCCACUGUGAAGGGGCUGUACAUCUUUAUAACUGCUAAAAGCAUGUCUAGAUGAAGAUCCUCACAUUUUUAUGGCAAGGUUAAUGCUGCCACUAAAUUGUCUAACA